CCUUAACUGGUGAUUUAUGGCUAGCGAAAUAAAGUGAAGAAAGUGUAGUGGCCCUAAAUCAGGUCAAAUUAUAAGUAACCCGGGGUAAUCUCGCUAUCUUGUAUCAAAGCCGCCUGCGUCAACAGAAAAUAAGAUACGGGCUUUUUUCCUCUUUUACUUGGUCUAUAAUUUAGAAAUUACCUUGUUUUCCCACUUAUCUUUUCUUUACUAGCCUUUUCUUUACUCUUUUCUCUAUAUGACUUCCAUUCGAUUAUGACUGCAAUAUACUCUAUAACCCAUCUAGAUCCUUGUAUUGAAGUGGACGGAGAGGGUCUGGAUCCUCUGAUUCAAGAAUCAAUUCAGGAUUCAAAUAGUUUUUUCAUGAAUCUAACUCCAUGUUCUUCGUGUCAGACUCUUAAAAACACUGAAAAUGAGUUUGAAACAACCCCUGAACCAAUCACUAGUGAUCAUUUUGAAGAGGUUUCUCCCACUAACACUCGUGGUAAUGACCUUGGUGAAGAUAUAGAAUUCACCAUUAUCUUGCCCGAUUUUAUCCACCGUCAACAGAUCAAAUUAAGCUCAUUAUUUGAAUAUAUUCAUGCAUCAACCGAUGCCCCAGUUUAUAAAUCAUACCAGGAUUUGACGGUUCAUCACUUGAUCACUUAUUUAUUUGAUCAAAUCAUCCAUGAUUCCAAUUUGCUUUAUAUCAACCAAAUCAAACUUAUGAUUAUGGGGAAGGCCUACUCAAUCUCUAACUUGGUGGAUCUUGCUUAUCCAGCGUCUUACUUGGCUAAUUUCAAGCUUACAUCUAUUCUCUCUACUUCCAAAGUCUUCCAGCUUUUCGUAAUACCAAACGAAAACUUACUUCCUUUGAAAAUACCAAUUCAAACUAUCUUAUUCAAAUUACACAAUAUCCAAGUUUGUUCGGUGGAUUCCACUUAUAAUCCAACGUCCGAUUUUUCGGCUACUUACGCUGACGCUGUAUUGAAAACUUUCAGGAAAGUUCGCAAAUCGAUCAGCUCUAACUCGUCCAGCUCAGAAAAUCUAUCAAGAAGAAGAUCCUCCAUCAAGUCUAUCGAAUCAUUAGUGUUUUCUUUAAUAUAUACUAUGUAUUGACCCAUUAUUGUACACCCGUACAUCUCUUCUCCAAAAAAAGACUUCCGGUUGUUUGUCACAUGAUUACACCCGGACC